GAUGAGGACAAUAAUGGUGACGACGAUGAUGAUGGUGACGACGAUUGUUAUAAUGACGACGACGACGACUAUGAUGAUGAUGGGAUGUGGUGAGAAGGUGUGGAGAUUGUUGUAUGCGGUUAAGGGUAGGUAACUAUUGGGUUAUUGUAUUGGGUUAUUGUAUUGGGUUAAGGGUAGCAUAUUGUCUCCUCGUUCACGUCACCGCCGAGUACUGCAAUGAGAACGAGCGAUGUGACGUAGAUGCUAAUUAAGUCACUACCUGCGUGCGGAAACUCCUUAUCAACCAACUUUACUCCAGACCAAUAUUACAUUAACUACUCCCCUUGUACUUAUCGCCAACAGCUUGCUACAGUGAUUAUAAAUAUGAUUAUAUCUCAUCAUAAAUAUAUAUUCAUUUAAUCGGAGGAGGAAAUCGUUGUUACUUAUUCAAGUAUAGAAAUAAGGGUAUCGCAUUGUGGUUUGCACUAUACGCGGUCGGGACUGCAUUCAGGGCUUCCGCCAUACGGCACGAGGUGACACGUUAUGCACACGCUGCUGCAUGCAGAUUGUUGCAUGACAAACAUGUGCGUGUCAUAUAACUGGUAGUAGUCUUCUUGAGCGCACACACAAUCAUCAGGCCAGCCACCUGACGUCACAGUACCACGUGACGCCAGCGAUGCUUGGACUGAGAGAAUAUGCGUUCACUAGCAAUCAUUUAUCCAAUAUCUAAGAACUACCUUUAAGAUAUCACUUAUCCGUUAUGUACUAACAACCAUUCAUAUAUAGUUAACCGAUAUAGUGUAUAAACAACCAUCUGUCAUCUAUCCAUGUAUCGUUCAUCCAUUAUGUACGAACAACCAUCUAUCCAUAUGUCGUUCAUCCUUUAUGUACGAACAACCACCUAUCUAUAUAUCGUUUAUCCUUUAUGUACGAACAACUAUCUAUCCAUUUAUCGUUCAUCCAUUAUGUACGAACAACCACCUAUCCAUAUAUCGUUCAUCCAUUGCAUACAAACAACCAUCUAUCCAUAUAUCGUUUAUCCAUUAUGUACGAACAACCAUCUAUCCAUAUAUCGUUCAUCCAUUAUGUACGAACAACCACCUAUCCAUAUAUCGUUCAUCCGUUGCAUAGGGCCUAAGAACUACCACCUAUCCAUAUAUCGUUAUCCAUUAUGUACGAACAACCACCUAUCCACAUAUCGUUCAUCCGUUAUGUGCGAACAACCACCUAUCCAUAUAUCGUUCAUCGAUUAUGUACGAACAACCACCUAUCCAUAUAUCGUUCAUCUAUUAUGUACGAACAACCACCUAUCCACAUAUCGUUCAUCUGUUAUGUACGAACAACCACCUAUCCAUAUAUCGUUCAUCCAUUAUGUACGAACAACCACCUAUCCACAUAUCGUUCAUCCAUUAUGUACGAACAACCACCUAUCCAUAUAUCGUUCAUCCAUUAUGUACGAACAACCACCUAUCCAUAUAUCGUUCAUCCGUUGCAUAGGGCCUAAGAACUACCACCUAUCCAUAUAUCGUUCAUCGAUUAUGUACGAACAACCAUCUAUCCAUAUAUCGUUCAUCCGUUAUGUACGAACAACCAUCUAUCCAUAUAUCGUUCAUCCGGCAUGUACGAACAACCAUCUAUCCAUAUAUCGUUUAUCCGUUAUGCACGAACAACCAUCUAUAUGUCGUUCAUCCAUUAUUUGGUUCGUCUAUCUUGUGAAUUUUACGUUCCAUAUUAUGUAAGAAUCAUCAUUAUUUUAUGUGCGUGCGUGCGUGUGUGUGCGCGCGUAUGUGAGUGAGUGAGUGAGUGAGUGAGUGAGUAAGUGAGUGAGUGAGUGAGUGAGUGAGUGAGUGAAUGAGUGAGUGAGUGAGUGAGUGAGUGAGUGAGUGAGUGAGUGUGUGAAUGAAUGAAUGAAUGAAUGAAUGAAUGAAUGAAUGAAUAAAUGAAUGAGUAAGUGAGUGAGUGAUCGAGCGAACGACGUACACAGUAUUCACCCAUGGCCUAUGUGUAACGCGUUCAUAGAUGACCGAGGCACGCAGUAUGUGUAUUGUAUACCUAUUGACAUUGUUACCUCAUUCGAUUUUCAUCUUGUCAUGAUAUUUGUCGUGUAAAGUACACAUUAGUCAUUAUUUCAUAUCGUUACUCGUCAUGGCUGGUUCAUAUUCAUAUCCGAGUACGUUUGUCAUAUGAGUCUGUUGUGAGCAUGCUUGAACGUAGCUACAUGCUUGCCAUGGACGUUUAUCAUGCGUCUUAUAAAGUGACUACAAAUGCACUUAAAUUCUAUCAUGUGUUUUAUAAAAGCACAACACAUGUACUAAACGGUUAUCAUGUGUUUUCUAAAGUGACUACACAUGCACUAAACUCCUAUAAUGUGUUGUAUAAAAACACAACACAUGUACUAAACGUUUAUCAUGUGUUUUAUAAAGUGACUACACAUGCACUAAACCUUUAUCAUGUGUUUCAUAAAGUCGCAACACAUGAACUAAACUUUUAUAAUGUGUUUUAUAAAGUGAUUACACAUGAACUAAACCUUUAUCAUGUGUUUCAUAAAGUCGCAACACAUGAACUAAACUUUUAUAAUGUGUUUUAUACAGUGACUACACAUGAACUAAACCUUUAUCAUGUGUUUUAUAAAAUCACAACACAUGUACUAAACGUUUAUCAUGUGUUUUAUAAUGUGAUUACACAUGCACUAAACCUCUAUCAUGUGUUUUAUAAAAUCACAACACAUGUUCUAAACGUUUAUCAUGUGGUUUAUGAAAAGACUACGCAUGCAUGCACUAAACUUUUAUCAUGUGUUUUAUAAAGUCACAGCACAUGUACUAAAUGUUUAUCACGUGUUUUAGAGCAUGAUUUCAUGCAUUCAUUAUUUCAAUUAUUUUUAUGUGCAACAUACAUGUACUAAAUGUUUAUCACGUGUUUUCGGGUACGUCUUCAUAGAUGCUUUUUAUCUUUAGCAUGAGCUUUUUAAGCGCGCCUUUAUGUAUGCUCUAAAUGUUUAUUACGUGUCAAGACGCAUGUAGCAAAUGUUUAUCAUGUGCUUUAUAAUGUGUCCAGGCUCAUGUAAUAAAUGUUUAUCAUGUGUUUUAGAAUGAGUCCACAUGCAUGCGCUAAAUAUUUAUCGUGUAUUUUGAAAUAUGUUCGAAUGCAUGCUCUGAAUGAUUAUCAUGUGUUUUAGGACGUGUAUACAAGCAUUCAGUAAAUGUUUACCAUGCGUUUCGAAAUGUUUCAACGUGCAUGCACCAAGUGUUUAUCAUGCAUUUCAGAAUGUGCUUACAUAAAAGCACUAAACGUUUAUCAUGUGUCCACAUAUAUGCACUAAAUGUUUAUCAUGUGUUCACAUACAUGCACAGAAUGUUUAUCAUGUACUCACACAUAUGCACUAAAUGUUUACCAUGUGUCCACAUACAUGCACUAAAUGCUUAUCAUGUGGACACAUACAUGCACAGAAUGUUUAUCCUGUGUUCACAGACAUAUGCACUAAAUGUUUAUCAUGUGUCCACAUACAUGCACUAAAUGUUUAUCAUGACUGUGUCCACAUACAUGCACUAAAUGUUUAUCAGGUGUUCACAUACAUACACUAAAUGUUUAUCAUGUGUCCACAUAUAUGCGCUAAAUGUUUAUCAUGUGUCCACAUACACGCACUAAAUGUUUAUCAUGUGUCCACAUACAUGCACUAAAUGUUUAUCAUGUGUCCACAUACAUACACUAAAUGUUUAUCAUGUGUCCAGAUAUAUGCACUAAAUGUUUAUCAUGUGUCCACAUACAUGCGCUAAAUGUUUAUCAUGUGUCCACAUACAUGCACUAAAUGUUUAUCAUGUGUCCACAUAUAUGCAUUAAAUGUUUAUCAUGUGUCCACAUACAUGCGCUAAAUGUUUAUCAUGUGUCCACAUACAUACACUAAAUGUUUAUCAUGUGUCCACAUAUAUGCACUAAAUGUUUAUCAUAUGUCCACAUACAUGCGAUAAAUGUUUAUCAUCUGUCCACAUACAUACACUAAAUGUUUAUCAUGUGUCCACAUACAUGCGAUAAAUGUUUAUCAUGUGUCCACAUACACGCGCUAAAUGUUUAUCAUGUUUUUCAGACAUACAUGCAUGUCCUAAAUCUUUAUGAUGCGUUUUGGAAUAUCUUUGCUAAAUAUUAUCAUGUUGUUUAGAACGUGUUCACAUGUAUAUCGUGCUUUAUCGUAUAUCAUGCGUGCUUUAAAUGUAUAUCAUGCGCUUUAAAACGUGUCUACAUACGUGCACUAAAUGUUUAUCAUGUGUUUUCGAACGUGUCUACGUCCACGCCCUACAUGUUUAUUAUGUAGUUAUAAUUAUCGUUAAUUUUACAUAUCGUGAGGUAAGAGAAAUUGCACAUAAAUGACGCCGUAGCUUCUGCUUUAAUAUGGUAUGCAACAAUUUGUAUAUAAAUGCGCUAUGCAUGUAUAUAUAUAUAUUUAUAUAUAUAUAUAUAUAUAUAUAUAUAUAUAUAUAAUGUGUAAGAAUCAGCUACGAGAAUUUUACAUGUAUGUACAUGUAUGUUUCGUUGCUACUAUACGAAUAAUGACUGGCCUGCAAGUUGACGCUAUACGAUAUGCAUAUAUUUGUAUGCUUAGUCACGCCUGUUACUCGCGUUAUAUAGGCACGGAUAUAUAAUCACGAUGGAUCAUAGAUACAAUAAUGUAACACAAUAAGAGUAGUGUACUCUUGUCGAGUUACAUUAUUGUAUCUAGAUGGACCAUGGUGGUGCGACGGUUUUUGGUUCACAUUCAAGCAACGUAUAUUCGGCGCAUGCGUCAAGUAACGAUGACGUCAUGAUCGCGCACAUUUCGAGUGUCCAUUGUUCUUUCCGCGGCAUGUUGUUCAUAUCUUACGAACGUGGCUAUCUAUCUAUAAACUUUCUGUGCCGAACUACAUUGGUCAAUGAUAUUCCUAACUUGUUAUGGUAAUUGACAUGUUGAGUAUGCCCUACCCAACAUUGGAAUGUCAGACGAGGAUGUGUAAAUUCGGCCUCCGUUCGUGUCGCCCUGUUCUAGGCGCAAGAUUACUAAUUAUAUGUUUCAUUAACCUCUGGUGGGUUUUGACAAUGUUGUUGCUGAUAUUUAACACCAAAGGCGUAGAAGAAUUUACGCGAAAUAUUCUGCUGCUAUUUAUACAAAAUUUCCCGUCUCAAAUUUUGUAUAAACGUAUAUAUAAGUCAUGUAAGCACAGCGAGAAUGCUGCUUAUAUUGUAAAUAUUCGUUUAGAAAUAAAGGAGACGCUACUUUUGUGAUUGAAAA